AGAUUGUCUUGGAGUUGGAUACUCACACACCAGCCAGUUAUACUCAUGAAGCAAGCAAGGGUGGGAGGAAAGAAAGGGUUGCAACGAGGUGUCACUCGCAGGGGAGCUUGGGUGGUGAUACCCCUGCUUUUGGUUGGAUUAUCCACUCAUUCGAGCAGCGCCUUUUUACCGAUAUCCAGCUACAAACGGUCGCCCCAUAGUAUUAGUAGAUAUCCUGCUCCAACAAUCGCUUUGGUAUCACCCAAGGAUGCUCAGUCACACACCACAAGACACACAGAGUUGCAUCUGUUCACGCGCAACAGAGAACCUCCUGGCGAUACUACGAAUCAGAGCGUCACGAAAAAGCCUUCUCGAUGGCGACGGAUCCUUCGUCGAGCGAAUACCGUCUUGUUGGCAACCGCCGUGUCUCUGCUACCCGUCAAGCAAGCCACUGCAGAUGCUACUACGCAACCAGCCAUGAGUCGACCCAUUGAUGAUUAUUACCACAAUGAACACGUCGAUGAGGCAACGGCCUUGUUGGGAGAUAUUCUUCUUCAAGAAAACACUCGUCAUGAUGAUGACAUUCAAGACACUGUCCCCGUAUCAUCUUCGUACUAUGACUACGAUGACGACGGAUUGAUGGGGUCCUUUGCCGACGAAGAAGAAGCUCUGCGAUCGCUACGAUCUUGGAUCACACCGCCGCCAGCCAAACCCAAACGACGACGACUUCUGUGGCCACAAUCACAACAACCGUCACGACCAAUUUACAAGUACCAAGUCUUUGGAGAUGAAGAAGUCCAAGCAAUGUCAACGUCGACGACGGAAGCUGCUACAACAACAGUACAUAUUACCGACCCUGUUACAGCACCCAAACCAGUCGUGAAGGAGAGCCAACAGCACGUCUCUGUGCUAUCGAGAACAACAACUCCAAAGAUGCCCACGGCCACUACACACCCGUCCAAUGCACGAAAACUUCUCAAGCCAUUAAUCUUUGGUGUGACGACGACAGGAGGGGCCUUUGCAGGAACAAUGUUUUUGAUACGUCGCAAUAACGCAGAAAAAUUGAAUGCCAACGGCAGCACGGGUCUACUGAAGCGCCAAACAACACAAGAAGUAUUCGUCAAGGCGGCAUUGGAAGAGCAAGAAUCUACAAAAGACGUACUUGUUGUUGCCAACAACAAAAACAAGACAAAAGACGAAUUCUUGGGGGCAGACGACCCGGUGCGGAAAAGUCAAUCGUUGCAACGGGCCAGAGAAACACAGAGUAUCGUUCAAGAUAUUCGAGCGCGACAAGCACAAGAGGGUACCACUCCCUUGUCGUCGUCAGACAUGAUUAAUGGCGGCAGCUCGAACAAUUUUGUGGAGGAAGCGGCAGUAAAACGCAAAGCCGCCAUGGAAGCUUUGGAUCGCUUGGACCAACGGUUGGAAGAGAAUCAACAAGAAUUGCAAGCCAUGACGCAAAAUCGAACCGCACUCAUGGAUGCCUUGGAACAGAAACGCAAAGAACAACGACGACGACGCAAAAAAUUAUUAUUGCAAAAACAAAAGGCAAAACCCGAAACCCCAGAAACUCCUACGAUUGCCGAGCGUCAAUUGGCACAACGACGAGAACAAGUGCAGCGGAAACUUCUGGAAGCACGGUUGUAUUACGAUCGGAUUGCCGCCAUUGCCGAAAAACGACGGAAACGGGAACGGGGAGAACCUGUGGACGACGACGUCGACGACAAGAUGCCAGCAAUAAAGAUUGCUGCCGUGGAGGUGCAACCUGUUGUGUCGGCUGCGGACUUGUAUUUCGCGGAGGAAUCACCCGAUCCUGAAGCUGAUACAGCUCGCGAAGAAGAGGAAGCUGUUCUGGAGAAGGAACCCGCCAUUAUUGUGGAGACUGGUGUUGACACAGAAAAACAAGAAGAUUCGCCUGCAGAAUCAAAUGCAACAAUCGAAUUGGCAUCGGAUCCUGCAACCGAAAUCGACGCAACACCAGUCCAGCAAAUGGUUUCUUUGCCUAAUAACGCGGACGACGGCGACGCUGACGGCAAUAGUGAUACAGCAAGAGAAGAACUGGAACGAAAGCAAAGGGCAGACAUCUUUUCGAGAGCUCUCUUGAAGGAAAGACUUGAGUCGAAACAACGCGACAUGGCAACAAAAACGUUGCUCAACACUGAACCAGUGAUGCAAAUCGGUUACACGGAACGAACCACAAGAAACCUCUUACAGGCUCGUCUUGCCAUGCGCAUGCAGGGGCCAGUAGAGACGGAUUCCGUGCCAUUGGCAAGAAAGGAGGCUGAACUGAGUUAUGAAGAACGGGUGGCCAAGAGUCUCUUGGAGGCCCGUCUGGCAAAGAUUAGCACCGCCGAAGCCAAUCAAGACACUUCAACAUCAGGAGGAAGUUCCGGUGGCUUUUCAUCGUUGUUCCUUAGCCCCUACCGAAAUGGAUUCUGGUAACAACUGAUCACAGUCAGAGAUAUGCUUGGGGUGUGCACGAGAGUGCGUCCAAUGAGUUAGUGCUUGGUGUGAUGGUGGCAACGCUCUGACUUCGUACAUAAUUGUCGUGGUCUUGUUCAUGUUGCUGGAUUAUAGAAUACCCCCACCGGCACUACCAUUCUUCAGAUAUGAUAAAAAGAGGAAGGAUUCUUCCACUGGUUUGAGUUGAUCAGGUCGCCUAUUGUGCGCGAAAAGGCGACGAAGAGAGGCCUGUCCCUUGUCUAGCUGACUUCCCUGGCAGUGACUUGCCAAGUGUUUGGGGCCUACUCUUUGCUUCAAGAUACGAAUAAGAGUAUCAUAAAGAAACUGUGUCAACAAAGUGAAUUCAUUAGUUCUGCACGUA